AUGGACGCGGACAGCGACAACCGCGCAGAUAAAGAACCAUCCCUGGAACCACGCGACAUAGCUACAUCGCGAAGCCACCGGCAAGGUAGCGAGAGUCGCGAUGUCAGGCUACGGACCACGCCCGCUCGUGUAUCGCGUCCGACCUGGAAGAUGCAGCGGAAUGAGCUCCAGGAUUCUGAGUCGGAAACUCACGAAACCGGCGACAUUCUUCCAGAGCGACCAGUCCCAACUGCUACAGGAAGCGGAGAAACGGUAACAGUGCAUAGGAAUGUUUACCAGGGUGGCAAUGCCAGCGUCACCAACUCCAGGGUGACACGUUCGGGAAAGGGUAGACUACCGACUAUUGAGGAGGGGGCCGAACGUAACGGGCAUAACUCAGAGCCGUCCCAAGCACCCAACCGCGACUGUGCUCAUCAGCAAACCGAACCCGGCCAGAGUCAAACAAGCGAGACAGCUGGGGCGAUCAUGUCCGACGCGGAGUCGCUAAAGCUGGUGAACACCACGCCGACGAGUACUCGUGACAAGUCCCCGGUGCCACCAGCGGACACAAGCUCGAAGCGUGCGAGUGAUGAACCCAAUGGCGCAGUCGAAAGCGGUGAGAUGCAUCCAGGUGUCUCUGACGAGACGCCUGGUACGAUCAUGUCCGAGGCGGAGUCGCUCAAGCUGGUGAACACCACGCCGACGAGUACUCGUGACAAGUCCUCGGUGCCACCAGCGGACACAAGCUCGAAGCGUGCGAGUGAUGAACCCAAUGGUGCAGUCGAAACCGUCGAAACCGGCAAGAUGCAUCCAGGCGGCUUUGGCGAGACACCGGGAUUGGUCCUGCGCGAGGCGCGGCCGAUGCAACCGGCGGACAUCACUUCGACGAAUUCCCGUGACAAGUCUCCGGUGGAACCGACAGGCACAAGCUCGAAGUGUACUCAUGAUGAGUCCACAGAACCCUUAGGCAACAAAGGCACCGCUAACGACGAUGUCAUACAUUCUGGCGCCCCUUCCUCAGUUUAUAUUGCUAAUGUCGUCGACCCACCGUUACCGCCACGUUUCACAAGGGCAGACCCGUCUCGUGCCAAUUUGAUAGAGUCGAUUGGGAUUGCGGGCUCGGGUGGUUCGUCAGCUGGUGAGGGGCCGUCAUCAUCACAACCCCUCAUAGUCGUUCGACCCGACCCAAAUUUGCGCCAAGGUUUCCUCGCAAGCUUGCAAAAGAGGGUUGAUGCGGUGUUCAAUGAUUGGGACGCGGCGAUGUCCCCGUCCGUUCGCCCGACCCCAGCCGUCGCAACCGGCAGCACUUCGCCGGUGGCAGAAUCUGUUAUCGAGGUCGCAACAACACCGGUCUCUGCUCAAACUCGACGAUCAGUAGCUGUCUUCGAUGGCGUCGAGCUACCGCGUCCUCGAUUUCGGACAGAAUCGGCGGCCCGCACCUCAGGUGAAGGUUUCUUGGCUCCGAAUCUGAAGUCGCCAGUGGCAGAAUCUGUUAUCGAGGUCGCAACGACACCGGUCUCUGCUCAAACUCGACGAUCAGUAGCUGUCUUCGAUGGCGUCGAGCUACCGCGUCCUCGAUUUCGGACAGAAUCGGCGGCCCGCACCUCAGGUGAAGGUUUCUCGGCUCCGGAUCUGAAGUCGCGAAUGCCCUCCCUCCAAACUCCCGCUUUGGUGACGACGGGUCGACAGCUCGUCGCUUGGCCCCGCCCUCAUGACAAUGCACCACGUCUCGAUCUGAACGCUAUGACUCCCGGGAGAACACGUCGUUUGAGGAAUCGGCAUGGAGCUUCGCAGGGAUCCGGAGACAGUCCGUCUGACGGCGGAACCGGAAGGCGCCAGACAUCACUCAACGGUCAUGGUUCGGAACUACUUAUGAAUUCACCGGGGACGCCGCAGAAUGGGUUCUCCCUUGAGGAGCAUAUGUCACCUAUGUCGAAGGACACCGGUUCACCUGAGGAGCCUGGUGACAUGGUGUUCGAUCAGGUCUCUCCAGAUAGCUCGGGUGAAGAUAGUGAUGAAUACAAGGCGGAGGAACAUGACGGGAGCGACGACGAUGGAGAUGACGAGUUGGAGCAGGAGGUGGUGGAUGAUGACGAACUCUUAGUACCGAAAUCAGGGCAUGAAAAAGCCACCUUCGCUCCGCGUACGAAAAAGACGGAAACCCGCGAAACGGGCAAGGGAAAGGCCAAGGGGCGUGGCGCAAGCGAUGGCGAGGUUCAAUUGUCAGGAGAUGAAGAGCAGUUCGAGAGGAGUUCGCUGGCGCGCGGUACGGGCAAGGGGAAGGGGAAGGAGCAUAGCGGAAGCAACGGCGAAAGCAACGGCGGAGAGCAGUCGUCAGGAGACGAAGAGCCGUCCCAGAAAAGGUUGCAGGCGCGCGGUACGGGCAAGGGGAAGGGGAAGGAGCGUAGCAGAAGCGACGGCGAAACCAACAGCGGAGAGCAGUCGUCAGGAGACGAAGAGCCGUCCAAGAAAAGGUCGCAGGCGCGCGGUACGGGCAAGGGGAAGGGGAAGGAGCAUAGUGGGAGUGACGGCGAAAGUGACGGCGAAAGCCGCGGCGGAGACGGAGAACGCAACGGCGGAGAUGGAGAACGCAACGGCGGAGAUGGAGAACGCAACGGCGGAGAGCAGUCGUUGCGAGAUGAAGAGCCAUCCAAGAAAAGGUUGCAGGCGCGCGGUACGGGCAAGGAGAAGGGGAAGGAGCAUAGCGGAAGCGACGGCGAAAGCAACAGCGGAGAGCAGUCGUCAGGAGACGAAGAGCAGUCCAAGAAAAGGUCGCUGGCGCACGGUACGCGCAAGGGGAAGGGGAAGGAGCGUAGCGGAAGCGACGGCGAAAGCAACAGCGGAGAGCAGUCGUCAGGAGACGAAGAGCCGUCCCAGAGAAGGUUGCAGGCGCGUGGUACGGGCAAGAGGAAGGGGAAGGGUCGUAAACAGUCCAAGAAGGCAUUGGCGGCAGGCAGUACGGUCAAGGGCAAGGCGAAGGCACAGUCGGAGAGCGAUAGAGAAAGCUCAGGCUCCUCAGACGUGGAGAAUAAGUCGAAGAGAGGUCGCAUACCGAAGAAGUAUCUGGACGAGAUUGCGAGCUUCGCCCAGCAAAUCGACGAUUUUGCGGCGAAGAUGGCUUCGUUGAUCGGUCGACCUGCUGGGAAGGUUCUGAGGAUGCUUUUCAAGGAGGACAUUGUGCACCAACGGGCGAAGAGUCCCUGGGCAGCAUUUUCCUCGUGGUAUUCACAGACUGAGCCGCACAAUCCAGAAGAAGAAACACCGGAGGACUUCAUGGCCCGCAUGCAAGAGGCAUACCGCGAAAAAAUUGGCCAAUUCAAGGGCGAAGAAAAGGCGGAGGCAGCGAGACCGUACCUUGAGUGGAGUCAGAAGCGCGAGGAGGCCUAUGUAUCGAAGCUCGCCAGAGAGGGGAAGCUUGGGGCCGAAUUUGAUCGGGCGGUGAAACAGGCCGUAAAGAUGGUGACUACUCCUGUACUCGAGAUGAACUAUGAGGGUAUAUCUGCCCCUGACCUUCCGCCACCUUCGCUUGUAGGCGACAGUGUGCCGGGCCCAAAUCCAGGAGAGGAUAAACGCGAGUAUCUGCACCGCAUUUUUAAGCUGCUGGUCAAGCGGAAGUGCAGUCUCAUCGGGAUUGAGGUGAACAUGAAGCGCUUCCCAUGGUACAUGUUGCUCGAGUUUCUUCUGAAACAAGAGGCGAGAAUCGUCGACGUCCACCCAAACUUCACCCUGGUCUUCUCGAAGCGAGGUCUCGCGUUCAAAUUCCGCGGAAACGGUGUCGAUGAUACGAUAACGCCAAUGGUCACAGCCUUCCUCCCCGGUAACGACGGGCCAAAAUUUCAGAUCGAACUGUGGACGAAAGGGUUCAAACUCAACCUGUUCUCAGAGGAGAAGGCUACACCCUGGGAAGAGAGAGCCGAUAUUCCCCUCAUCACGCGAUGGGCUCAUACGAAGGACCGCGACGAUGAUAUCGUCAUGGUUGGUGACCGUGAGCAGGUCGUGUUGUAUACGGUCAAGCAGACCAGGCUUUGGGAGAGAAAGACAAGCGAUACUACAGCGCAUAGAAAGAGCCGCGGUCGAGGGAAGGCAGAUCAAGCUGCCCAUACCGCGACUAGCCCGGAUACGGACGAAGUCCAUGGUUCGGACUCAUCCCGUGGUGAUGAAAAGAACGCUCUACCUCUGGAGGAUGAUCCUUCGGACGUCUCCGAUCAUUCGGGUGUGGACGACGAAGAGCUGUACUUCCCCGAUGACGGUUGGCAGGAGACGAACCAGGACUACCUAGGGAUGGCCUUCGAGGAGGAUGAGGACGACGAAUAUGCGGAUGAAAGGCUUGAAGACCCCGUAGACGAGACUCGGGAUCGCGAAUGGACAGUCGAACCUCAAAUUCGCAUAGAGGAAGGGAUCGAAGAACCCAUGGACGACAACGCCUUUGAGGCUCGGGAUCGCGAACAAAGCGCCGAACGAAGCGCCAAACCUCGAACUCACGUGAAGCAUCGGCGGCGCGAUGAGACAAAGGAAGUUGUUUCGCAUCGUCGUCGCACGUCUGAGGCGUCAGAGAAAGGCCAUGACGACGACACAGGCAGUGAGGGGCAUGGUUUUCAACGGAAGCGAAAACGUGUACGCGAGAAAGAUCCGGAGGAUACACCGAAUUCAUAUAAGCGACGCAAGGAAACAGGGGAGAGAGAUGAGGCCAACACCGGCGGACGAUAUCCUAGCAAGCAGUUGGAUCGCGUUGAGAAAAUCAAGAGCUCGAUGAACUACGGCGAAGGUAGAGAGAAGAUCACUUCUCACUAUGACCACCGAACCGAUGUUCAGCAAGAUGCGAGUUCACGACCAAUUGACCUCGAAGAUGAUGUGCGUGUGCGCGGACGUGCAAUCAUGAAUGACCAGGUCACGGAUUCAAAAACGAUGCACUACCCGAGAGCCGGACGCGUCCAGUCUCGUCCUCCGCCACCUCGUGACGAAAACCGGCGUAUGCAGGAGGUCGCUACUGUAUCUCCUGACUCACGUGUGCGACCACCUCAGCGGUCCAACGUCACGGUCUACCAGUCAGGCGCUGUCCUGCACGAUGCCUUCGGAUCGGGCCGGCGUGUUCGUCUUCCGGAGAGUGAUGAUGAGGCAUCACAAGCGUUGCGCGGAACUCGGUCUGACGAACGCUCGGCCAUUCGCGAGUAUCACCUAUCGCCUGAAGCCGGAUCCCCACCCAGCCCUGCCAACGCGGAUCCAUCGAUCUUGCGUAAAAGGGCCGUCAUACAGCAGUCCGAAGUUCGUCCAAGGCAUCAGCAGACCGACCGUUCAGCGCAGCUACUCGAAUCUCGCAGGGAGGGCGAAGUGUCUCGCGGGAUGAGCAACAUAUCUCGCGGGAUGGGGGACGGGUCGCGUGGGACGAGAGAGGGGUCUCGCGGGACGGGCGAUAUCUCGCACGGCGAGCGCGACGGGUCUCUCAGGUCGCACGGCGUAUCGCACGGGCAGGGCGAUGGGUCUCUUAGGACGCGCGACGUCACGCACGGCGAGCGCGACGGGUCUCGCAGGACGGUUGGCGUCUCGCACGGGAAGGGCGACGGGUCUCUUAGGACACGCGACGUCUCGCACGGAGAGCGCGACGUCUCGCACGGCGAGAGCCACGGAUCUCGCAGGACGGUUGGCGUCUCGCACGGGAAGGGCGACGGGUCUCUCAGGACGCGCGACGUCUCGCACGGCGAGAGCCACGGAUCUCGCAGGACGGUCGGCGUCUCGCACGGGAAGGGCGACGGAUCUCUCAGGACGCGCGACGUCUCGCACGGCGAGAGCCACGGGUCUCGCAGGACGGUCGGCGUCUCGCACCUCAAGGGCGACGGGUCUCGCAGGACGGGCGACGGGUCUCGCAGGACGGGCGACGGGUCUCGCAGGACGGGCGACGGGUCUCGCAGGAUGGGCGACGGGUCUCGCAGGACGGGCGACGGGUCUCGCAGGAUGGGCGACGGGUCUCGCAGGACGGGCGACGGGUCUCGCAGGACGGGCAACGUAUCUGGCGAGAUGAGCGACAUGUCUCGCAGGAAGAGUUCGCGCGGGACGGACGACAAAUCUCGCGGAACGGGUGACGGGUUAACGGCAGUGUACAAGCCUCGCAGACGCAGUCCAUCACCAAUUGCGCCCCCAUCAUACGUACCUCAAAAUCGCAAUCCGCCACCAACUGCAGGCCCGUCCAGACACGCAAGUGCCCUGCCUGUCGACGACGAACCGCCUUCCAAGCCAAAACCAAAGCCACGCCCGAUCGCGAAGGGGAAGAAGCCAGCUGCAAGUGUAUACGAUAGCUAGUUCAUAUGGUGAAGAAGAGGCGGAAUUGCGUAUAUAAUAGAUGACAUGCAUGAAUAAU